AUGGAAGCUUCAAAUCCAUUCUCAAACAUACCUAAUGAAAUCAUUCCACUUAUACUUUUGCAGUUGCCGGUGAAGUCUGUGAUCCGGUGCCAGUGCGUAUGUAAACAUUGGCGUUCGUUGAUAGACGACUCAGAUUUCAAGUUCUCGUAUCGUGGACAGGGACGAGUGAUCUUCCUCUCGACCGAAUCCAUAAGCAAGGAUCGAGAUCGUCGAUGGAGGCCGAUUUCCAAAUUCUUAGUUAGAUCUACAAGCCAUGAUCUUCGUCUUCGAAGGCAUAAACGGCCGUUCGGAAAUGUGUAUCCAUUCGUUCGUGCAAGCAUGGAAAACGAUCUUAGUGUUUUGUGUUCUUGCAAUGGAUUUGUGCUUCUUCGGGUGGCUAAGAAAGAUAUUUGGUUGUGGAAUCCGUCCACCAAGUGUUCGACGAAAGUGCUCGAGUUGCCAUAUCCGGAGGAGUUAGACACGGGUAUCAUUGAAGCAGGCGCAGGGCUAUGCUACGACUCCUACACUAGAGAUUACAAGGUUGUCCUAUUGAGUUAUAAUUAUGGCAAUCAAUUUGUCAUCUCUGCCAGCCUCAACCACAAAAAGUGGCGACCAGUGCAGUUCCCUUGUCACUUUAUUUCUGUUAGGGGCAGUGUUGAGUUUCGCAAUACAAUUCACUGGUGGGCAAGUGACAUGAAAGAUUGGGAUAGGGAUAGGGAUUACUUGUCGGGUAGGAAUAGGAUCAUAUAUUUUAAUCCUCUGCGUGAAGAAUUCAGAAUCUUGCCCUUGCCCACUUCCGAACUAAAAGAAAACUUCUCAAUAUUUGGGUUGGGGGUUAUAGAUGACUGUUUAUGCAUGGCGGCAUGCAUGGUUCAGGAAUUGAAAGAGGAACCCGAAACCUUAACAGUAUGGAUUAUGAAGGAAUAUGGCAGACAAGAAUCAUGGAUGAGUGCAUUUGCUCUCCAAAUGGCUGAAUUUCGAGAUAUUGAUUGGAGGUUUGGCUUCACAUUCUAUUCUCAAAAUAAGAAUGCACAAAAAAUAUUAUUCCUGCAUACUAUGGGUUGGUGUGACCAGGAUGUAUAUGUUUAUGAUCGGGAAAAAGACGAACGGAAGGUAGAUUCGAUGAACUUCCGAACCAAAUCAGAUCGUAGAAUCUCUGUUAGUAUGUGUUUCUAUGUUGAGAGUCUUGCGUGCCCCCACCGGAGGUGA